AUGGAGAGCCCAUCUCUACUAUGGCUGCUCUUGAAGCCAAAUGAGUGGCCUGCAGACUUUAGCAGGUUUGACAGGAACUCCACAGCCCAGUUUGCAUGUUGUUGGAGUGCAGCUGUCUUGUGUGAUGGUGUGAAAAGCUCAAACCAAGCCGAGUCUCUUGUGUCCUCAGUGCUGACCGUGUCUCUGUGCUGCAGGCCCAACAAAGCCUCCCUGACUCUCAGGCCCAGCAGAGCUCAGCUGUUUUAUGGUAAGUCUCUUCAUCUGAGCUGUGAGGAAGACUCUGCUGGAUGGACGGUGAAGAGGAACACGACCACAGAAACCAUGACAAAGUGUGGAGACAGCUGGGGAACGCAAACAGCUUCCUCCUGUGUUAUCAGUUUAACACUCUUAAAAGACAGUGGAGUUUACUGGUGUGAGUCCAGAGAGGGAGCAACCAGCAACACUGUCAACGUCACCAUCACUGGUGGUGAUGUGAUCCUGCAGAGUCCUGUCCUUCCUGUGAUGGAGGGAGCUGCUGUGACACUGAACUGUACAACCAGGACUCCCUCCAACCUCCCAGCUGAUUUCUAUAAAGAUGGCUCCUUCAUCAGGACUGAGUCUACAGGACAGAUGACCAUCCACCCUGUUUCCAAGUCUGAUGAAGGCCUCUACCACUGCAACAUCUCUGGUAAAGGACAGUCUCCACCCAGCAGGCUGACUGUGGCAGGGCUGUCCGACACUGGAGUCUCUGGUGAACACUGCAUGUGCCGUUCACAGCAGAACCAGGACGUCUCCAGAACUUUUGCUGAACUCUUAUCUUUCUUUCAUUUGUCCAUGUGUGUUGCCAACCACCACCACCGUCUGGCCCAUCACCACCGUCCCGCCCAUCACCAAAGCCCCAUCCACUACGACACCACCGCCCACUGA